AUGCCAGACCCAUUCGAGAAGUUGUCGCUUGCUACAGGCAUGAUCAUCCAUGAGAACUGCUUGGUCAUGUCUUGCGAGGGAGCCGUCAACUCGGAGUCUCGUCGGCAUUACGCCGCGUGCGUGCUCCGACGCUCGAGCGGGUUGUCUGUUGGUCGUCCCUUUUCGGUCGGCUUCAUUCUCGUUGCGUGGUGCAGCCAUAAGGAGAUGGCCAGUGGCGACCUCGACGGGGAUGACGUGUGCUUCAGCUUCUGGAAGGCACUCAUCGCGGUGCUGAAGCGCACGCAGGCACUCCGUGGCCUGGUUGGCGUGGCCUCCCAUUUGCGGUGUUUGUUCCCUUUUUUUGUGCGAGGCGAGUGUCGCGGGGGUGCCCGUCCAGCAAAUCGAGCGGGACGUACUGGCUGGAUUUCAAAAGCCGAAGACGCUGUUCACGUCAGCGGACCCUGCGCAACGAGGCGAGGUCGGGUUCCAAGAGGGUUGGCAGGCUCCCCAGUCUCCGAUCGCCGUUGCGUGCUAACGCAUUCGACCUCUUGCAUCGCUUGCUACUUGAUUGCCGUCGCUAGCUGA